AUGCACUUUAUCAGGCCUUCGAAUCACCUCUGUUUGACCCUCUGCCUCCACUUCCCUCUUUUGAUCAGUAUCACUGGCAUCCUCUCUUUCCACGUCCCCCUUGCUCCGAUCGUGGUCCUCCUUCUGGCCUCGCUCUCUAUCAGCAUCUGCCGUCCUCCCCUCCCCGUCGCCUUCCCCACGGUGUUCCCCAUCACCAGCGCUUUCUCCUCCGCCCUCGCUCUCAGUACGUCCCCCGGCCCCGUCCUCACCCCCUUUCUGCCCCCCUUUCUCCACCUGAACCUGCACCGCUUCCUGCCUCUGCUCAGACUCAGCCCCAGCCCCAGUGUCAGCUCCAGUGUCAGCCCCUUCUCUCUCCGGUCCACCGCCCUCGAUUCCACCUCUCCCCUCCUCCAAUUCGUGCGCCCGAUCAAAAGCGCGGGACGGUCCACUAGCGGCCUGGGUGCGCUCGAACUCCUCCUGGUACCAUGCAUCGAUCCUGCGCCGGCGCAUCUCCUCCUUAUAGGCUGCUAUGACCCUGAGGAUGUGGGUUAA